AUGACAGAAGAUAACCAUGCAAUUGGGAUCGAUCUGGGGACAACUUAUUCGUGCGUGGCAGCGUGGCAGGCUGAUCAUGUAGAAAUCCUGGUGAACGAUCACGGUAACAGAACAACUCGAUCUUAUGUUACAUUCACUGAUAGUAAGAGGUUGGUAGGAGAUGAAGCAUUUAACCAAGUCGGGAGGUUCCCCGCCAACUCAAUCUUCGAUGCAAAGCGGUUAAUUGGUAGGAGAUUUAGUGAAGAAACUGUUCAAAAUGAUAUCAAGUGCUGGCCAUUCAAGGUCAUUGAAGGUCCUGCUGACAAGCCCUUGAUUGUGGUUAACCACAAGGGUGAAGAGAAAAAAUUUGCUGCGGAAGACAUCUCUUCCAUGGUUUUGGCAAAGAUGCGGGAGAUUGCAGAAUCCUACCUUUGCUCAAAGAUUUCAGCAAAAAAUGCGGUUAUCACUGUCCCCUCUUACUUCAACGACUCACAGCGCCAGGCUACAAUAGAGGCUGGCAAACUUGCGGGCUUAAAUGUGCUGCGUAUUAUCAACGAACCAACUGCUGCAGCCAUAGCUUAUGGAAUCGACAAGAAGGCCGGUUGGUUUAACAAGAGAAAUGUGAUGAUAUUUGAUUGGGGUGGUGGUACGUUGGAUGUGUCACUACUUAACAUAGGCCAUGGUGUGUUUGACGUGAAGGCCACUGCCGGAGAUACUCACCUUGGCGGUGAAGACUUGGAUAACAGAAUGGUGAACUACUGCGUCGAAGAAUUCAAGACAAAACAGAACGUGGACAUUGGUGGAGACGCCAAAGCUCUUCGGAAGGCCAAAACUGCGUGUGAGAAAGCAAAGAAGGCACUUUCGUUUUCCUUUGACACUGAUAUUGAAAUUGACUCUUGGUAUAAGGGUGAAGAUUUUCAUACAACUUUUACCCGCGACAAGUUCGAAGAACUGAACAUGGACAUCUUCAACAAGUGCAUGGAGCCUGUGAACAAGUGUUUGGAGGAUGCCAAAAUGGGCAUAAGAGAGGUCGAUGACGUUGUUCUUGUUGGUGGGUCUUCUAGAAUCCCCAAGGUUCAAGAGCUAUUGCAGGAGGUUUUCAAGGGUAAGGAGUUGUGCAAGAGCAUUAAUCCUGAUGAGGCCGUGGCUUAUGGAGCCGCUGUUCAAGCUGCAGCCUUGAGUGGGAACGUAACUGGGAAGCUUCAAGACUUCACUCUCUUGGAUGUCACCCCUCUAUCACUUGGGUUGGAGAGUAUGGAACAUGAUAGUUCCAAGCUUUACAUGAAUGUUGUGAUUCCAAGAAACUCAAGAAUUCCGGUGAGGAAGACAACAAGUUUAACUACUGUUUAUGACUAUCAAGAGGCUGUUACCUUCCCCAUUUAUGAGGGUGAAAGUAAAGUAGCCAAAAAUAAUAAUUAUUUAGGUGAAUUCACCCUCCAUGGCAUUCCUCCGGCUCCCAAGGGUGUUCCCAAUUUCAGUGUUUACUUUGAUAUGGACGCAAAUGGAGUUUUGAGUGUCUCCGCUGAGGAUAUGUCCACUGGCCAGAAGAAAGGGAUCAAAAUCAAGCGUGACAGAACAAAGUAA